GCCGUAUAAAAAAGUUGUUUCUUUCUUCUCUGUUUUUUUGCUUUCGUCUUCAAGAGAGAGAGAGAGAGAGAUACAAAGAGAGAAAUUUGGUUGUUUGUUGACGGAAGCUUCUUCGGUCUCUCUUCUCCGUCUUACGAUUGUCAACGCGUGGUUCCAUCUUCAAUUUUGUUUCUAUUUUAGCAGAAGUUUCUCGAGCUUCAAAUACUGUUUCAGAUCAAUCAAUCAGUCAAUCAUGGCUAGCUCUGGAAACAAGAACAUCAACGCCAAAUUGGUCAGUUUAAUUCUUCUGGAUUUUGCUUAUCCUUUGAAGGAUGAUCGUCAAUUUUGAUUAGAUCGUUGAUUUCGAUGAGUUAGUUCUGUUUCCAAUUUGGGGAAUUUUCAACCAAAUUCUCUGAUCUGAAAUUGGAUGAUUGUGAUCGAAUUAGAAAUCGCAUGGUUUAUCAGUAUAAAACUAGGGUUUGGAGUAAAGGUAUUACUAGGAGAUGUUGGAGCUGGAAAAUCAAGUCUUGUGCUACGGUUUGUGAAAGAUCAGUUUGUUGAAUUUCAGGAAUCAACCAUUGGUGCAGCUUUUUUCUCUCAAACAUUGGCUGUGAAUGAUGCGACUGUGAAGUUUGAGAUAUGGGAUACAGCUGGUCAGGAACGAUACCACAGUUUGGCUCCAAUGUACUACAGGGGUGCAGCUGCUGCUAUUAUUGUCUUUGACAUUACUAAUCAAGCCUCAUUUGAGAGGGCGAAGAAAUGGGUUCAGGAACUGCAGGCACAAGGUAACCCUAAUAUGGUGAUGGCUCUUGCUGGAAACAAAGCUGAUUUAUUAGACGCAAGGAAGGUGUCUGCAGAGGAGGCAGAGAUAUAUGCUCAAGAGAACAGCCUUUUCUUUAUGGAAACCUCAGCGAAGACCGCAACAAAUGUCAAAGACAUAUUCUACGAAAUAGCGAAAAGGCUACCACGUGUACAGCCAGCUGAAAACCCGACAGGAAUGGUUCUCCCAAACGGGCCAGGGGCUACGGCAGUGAGUUCAUCGUGUUGUGCUUAGAUUCGUACCUGAAGAGAGAUCUCAUUUGGUUAGUCACAUAGUAGAGAACAUCUGGACUUUCAUGUGUUUGCUUCUUCUUCGUCUUUGUUACUUUACUUUGCUUGCAUUGACAACAACAACAGUGUAUAUCAUGAUGAUACUUAUUCUGCCUUUGUGAAAUCUGAAGAUAUUUGUAUUUGGAGAGAUUUAUAUAUAUAUAUCUCUUUUGUAAUUAGAAAACAAAACUUAGUCCGAAAAAAAUGUGCUUAUCUUUCGUUUAUGUUUUAAGUGAAUGCUCAGAUUUAUAGGCUUAUUAUCUUUUGUAUUACUUAAAUCUCCAAAAUGUUUUUUCCAUUGUUGGAAUGCUGUAAUAUGAAUGUAUAUAUCAAUAAAAGAAACACCUUUGAAAAA